CCUUCCCAACUUCUUGUACAUUUCAGAACAGAUAUAGAUUACACAAGCUGAAUCACUACAAGUGCCAUGAGCCUUGGCAUGGAAGUCCAAAGCUGCAUAAAGGCUACUCUUCCUGCCCUCGCCAUACUCUGCAUGGUAACUUGGUUGCCCCACAUGUAUUCUUGCAUAAAGACCUUCUUCCUGAGGUCCCUCCCUCCUGUCGUCUCGGCCGUCGUCGCACCGAAGUGCCUCUUUGUCUUCUCCAACAUCAUUGUCGUCUUCCUCGUCAGCGAGUCGAAGCUCUCGCAGAGCAGCAGCGAGCCGCUGAACGCUGCCCAUGACGCUUCUGCAAGGGACGACGGCUUGCUACAUGAUAGGCAGGAGGAGGAGGAGGUAGGAAUAGUGACGGAGGCCUUGCGGCCGACGAUCACUGGUGAGAGCAAGCAUGAACAAGAAAACAACAUAAUAAUGGUAGUAGACGAAGAACAGGAUACCUCAGUAGUAAAUGAAGGUGUUCAAAUGAAUCAGUGUGAGGAGGAAGGUGAUCAUUUAGUUCUACAUGAGGUAGAUGAAGUUCUGGGAGAAGUCGAAGAAGAGGGAGGAGAACUUGGGUUAGUGCUAGGAGAGGAGGUAAGUGGAGAGCUGGAACAACUGUGCGCAGCGGAGGAGCUGGAAGAGAGAGACCUGCCUCCGGCCGACGAGCUGAACCGGCGUGUGGAGGACUUCAUUGCGAGGUUCAACAUGGAGAGGCAGCUAGAGGCAAGGAUGCUCGUGUGCUGUUACUAAUCGAGCAGUACUUCAUAAGAUGUUUUGGUGUUAAUAACAUUAGAAGCAGUUUCUUUUGUAAAAGAAAUGUUACAUCUGUGUAAAUUAGUGAAGUAUUUUGAAAUUAAGUGAGCAAAGUUUUGCUAUGUUCU